AUAUAUAUAUAUAUAAUUCUUUAUGUUAUGCUUGUUUAAUAUGUGGGGACUUGUUUUAGUUUUUGUUUUUCUUUUUUAUCUCUAUAACCUAUUUUUAUUUUUUUACUGAGUUAGGACUUAUAUGGCAUGGAUUCUUCUCAAUUCAUUGUUUUUGUUUUUUUUUUUCAGCAACUAAAUAUCUGUCAAAAUGCCCCACCAGUGCUGUCAAACUCAUUAAUUCUCAAAACUCUGAAGAGACAUAUGCAAGUCAGAUUAUUAUUGGAGCUCCAUCCUCACAUUUCAAUGAAAAAUAAUACAGUACCAAAAUUCUUUCCUUUUUUUUUUUUUAUAAAUUUAAAAACCACAAUCUCUCCAAUCACCUCUUGAAUGUGACCCUUACUCUUUGAGACUCCUGCUAUUAAUUUGAUUCCCCACCAGGCUGCCAUUUCAUUUUCUAAACCUCCUUAUCACCUCUCUCUCUCUCUACUCUCUCUCCUCUCUCCCUCUCUCUCUCUCUCUCUUUCUCUCUCCCAAAAUCCUCCUACCCUUUUGCUGACAAUUCACAUAGUAUUCAAUAAGAGCCUUUGCCAUCUUGGUGUAGCUUUUGACAGCACAGUAGGGAGAAGAAUAUUGGAAGCAGCCACAUGGGGAGGCACUCUUGCUGUUACAAGCAGAAGCUAAGGAAAGGCCUUUGGUCUCCAGAGGAAGAUGAGAAGCUUAUAAAGCAUAUAACCAAGUAUGGGCAUGGUUGUUGGAGUUCUGUCCCCAAACUUGCAGGUCUUCAAAGGUGUGGCAAAAGUUGCAGGCUAAGGUGGAUUAACUACUUGAGGCCUGAUUUGAAGAGAGGAACUUUUUCACAACAAGAAGAGAACUUGAUCAUUGAACUCCAUGCAGUUCUAGGCAACAGAUGGUCACAGAUUGCAGCUCAAUUGCCUGGGAGAACCGAUAACGAAAUAAAGAAUUUGUGGAAUUCUUCAAUUAAGAAGAAGCUAAGGCAAAGAGGGAUUGACCCCAACACACACAAACCACUAUCUGAGGUUGAGAGUGAAGAGAAAGUGUCCACAACCAGCAAGAGCAAUGAGAAGGCCUCUUCAGGCAACGACGAAAUGAACCUAGUCCAGGCUGAGAAUUCGGACAAGGGAAUAGCAGGACACAGUCCGAAGCCACCUUCCUUGAGUACUGUGGACCGCCACUCGCUUAUGACAACACCACCACCAACACAUGAGUUCUUCCUAGACAGGUUUGUCGCCUCCCAUGAGAGCACCACCACUAGCUGCAAAGCUUCAGACUUCGCUGGGUAUUUCUCCUUUCAGAACUCAAAUUAUGAUCAUCAGCCUAAUAUAGGCCUCUCAGUGACCCCAAAUUUGAGUCAUUUUGUCAAUCCAAACCUCACUUCUUCUGAGAUGAUUUGUGGGUACAAUUCUACCCUGACUCCCACUAUGCUGUCAUCCAUGUCUGGCUCAAUUUUCACCACUCCAACGCGUAGUACUAUCAAGCCUCCCAUUACUCUCCCCGGUACUAGUCCUUCCAUAGGAGCUUUCAAUGUCAACGGAGUCCACAAUUGGGAUGCCGGUACAUUUAGUAACAAUGGCAAUGGCAGCAGCAGCAAUGGAAGUAAUAGUACUAUUGAAUUGCCAAGCAGCAGCUCCUUCUUUGAGAACAAUGCCUUCUCAUGGGGUCAGGGAGAUUGUGUAAAAUCCGAGAAAGAAGCCCAAAUUCACCCACCGGAAGGUGAUCCAGAAGACAUCAGAUGGUCUGAAUAUCUCCAAACCCCAUUUCUACUAGGAACCACCAUUCAAAACCAAGCUGGUCAAGACUUGUACGGCGAAGCCAAACCAGAAACGCACUUCACCACAGAUGGUUCAAGUGGUGUUUGGCAUCAGAAGCAGCAGCAGCAGCAAGGUUUACAAGGCGGCGACGUAUUUAAUAAGAAUUUCCAGAGACUUACUGCCACCUUUGGACAAUUUUCUUAGCUUGUAUUCAACGUUUGGAGCCUAUAAUUCAGAAGGGAAAAAAAAGUCACAGAAGUCUUGAAAAAGAGGCCUGGUACAUGCAUCUCCUGUGCUACUUACAGGUGUGUGUGCUAUAGAAUUUAAUUUCUUGAUAUUGUGUAAAUAGGUCUGAUACCAAAGUUUCUCAGCUUCUUGAUACCAAAUAUUUGUGAUAGAAACAAGCUUAUUAUGUUCAUCUUUUGUCUAUGGAUUAUAUGGUAGAAAUACAGAAAUAAGUAUUGUUUCUGUGUCAUUUCAUAUCCUCUCUAUGCUUCAUUUCUUUUGGAUUCACUGUUUGUAAUUUUAUUUGUGCAAGAAAAGAAAAAGUUAUUUGCUA